AUGGUACGCAAGAAUAAAAUAAAUAGAGCGAGUGGAACUACAAAACACCUCAAGGAUUUUCCAUCAGUCAUCCUAAGUCUGCCCAGCUACAACCCUUCCAUCCUUUCUAAAAAUGCAACUGCACUAAUAACCGGUGGUUCUAGUGGACUCGGAUUUGAACUUGCAAAGGAACUUUCCAGAAGAAUUAAUAAAGUUAUUGUGGCAGAUAUUCAAUCAUUUCCUACUUUUGCUCAGGUAGAAUAUAAUAACAUUUUCUACUAUCAAUGCGACAUAACAAGUCUAGAUGAAAUUAAAAAUUUGAAAAAAGCUAUUGAAAGAGAUCAUGGCAACAUUAAUAUAAUUAUAAAUAAUGCUGGUGUUGCUCACAUCAAAAAGUUAGAACAUAUGACAAACAAGGAGGUAGAACAAUUGAUCGACAUAAACUUAAUAGGUGCUUACCGAAUCAUCAGUACAUUUGCAGAAGAUAUGAUAGACAAUAGGGAAGGCUUUAUAAUUAACAUUGCUUCAGUCCUCGGAGAACUGACUCCUGCAAGGCUGACAUCGUAUGGUGCAUCAAAAGGAGCAAUGAUUGGUUUUCACAAGUGUAUGAGCAGGCAUUUCAGAAGUUUGUCCACGGAAUGUAAUAAAACUGGAAUAAAAACACUACUGGUGUGCCCGGGAAAAAUCAAAACUAAUAUGUUUAUUGAUGUCCCUACACCAUCUAAGUUAUUGGCUCCUGACAUCAUACCUUCCCAACUGGCACUAGCGAUAAUCUCUGCGAUGGAGCAUAAUCAUCUGCAAACACUAAAUGCCCCAUAUUAUGUGAACCUAGUUCCCUUUUUCAAAACUUUGAGUUGGCCAUAUAGGCAUCUCUUAAAACAUUUCAGUGGAAUGGACCAUGUAACGUCAACCAGCCCGCGAGCAAUAAAUCCGAAGAGAAGUGCAUAA